UACUUCCUCAUUAGAGAAUGGCGGCUGCCGCCUGCACUACCGUUAACAACGCUGCCGUUAACAACACUACCAACCCGCUGAAACAACACCGGAGGAAAAAUAGAGAUACGCGGCGGAGACAAGCAGCUCUCUUUUUCCUUAGUAACAUUUCACUAGAUGGACGGCCAGUACAACAGACAUACCAUGGAAACCGAGACAGCGAGUUGCUGGGGGGCGAUAUCGGGGCGACAGUGGCCGGGAUGUUAACCGUGUCUAGCUAUGGGACCUUCACUAACCUACCAACGUCUGUGAGCUGCGGGACCGUUGGGAACGUUUGCGCCGUUCCGGGACUCGGAGUUAUCACUGUCCCUCCUAUCCUCGUUCUGCCUUCGGACUCGUUCAAUGAUGGGACAACGGAGGUAUUUCUGGAGAGGCGAGGGGGAUCGUUUUCCUCGCAGGGAAACCUCCUCUCUCCCUCGGGUCUCCUUCCUACUCCCCUCGGACGGCGGAAGUCCUCCACGUUGCUGUCGGUCCAGAGUUGUAAUUCGGUGACUUCGGAAUCGGGACGGAGUCGGACUCGUAACCUGUUGGGCUCCCCCAGACAUCACCCUGUGAAGAAGGUCCACUUCAUCAAGAACAUGAGACAAUACGACACACGAGGCAGCAGGAUCGUGUUGAUCUGUGCCAAGCGUUCUCUGUGUGCAGCCUUCUCAGUGUUACCCUAUGGAGAGAGCUUUCACAUCAGUGACUCCAAGUUGGACAGGUGUAGGCAUUCAUCAGGGAACAUCUCUACCAGUCUGGAGAUGAUGCCAGGCCUGGAAGGGUUUGAACUGGAGCCAUACGGCAAGACGGUGUCAUAUGCCCAGUUUCUGUACCCGACCAACGCCCUGGUCCGUCAGAAGACCCCCUCGGUGGACAUCACCCUCCAGGUGCCCCUCAACCAGGUGACCCGGAACAGUAACCCCAGAAACUACACCCCAACCAGGCUAAACUGCAACGUGGGACUGGAUCUGGGUGUGGAUGAGGCAUCAGACUAUGACCCCAACCUUCUGAGUGACCCCCAGUGGCCCUGUGGGAAACACAAGAGAGUCCUGAUCUUCGCUUCAUACAUGACGACAGUGAUAGAAUAUGUGAAGCCGUCUGAUCUGAAGAAGGACAUGAACGAGACGUUUAAAGAGAAGUUUCCUCAAGUCAAGCUGACUCUCAGCAAGAUCAGGAGUCUAAAGAGAGAGAUGCGUACAGUGGGUGACGACUGCGGCCUGCAGGCGGUCACCGUGGCGAUGGCAUUUGUUUACUUUGAGAAGCUGGUCCUCCAGGGACGACUCAACAAACACAACAGGAAGUUGGUCUCUGGAGCCUGCGUGCUGCUCGCUGCUAAGAUCAGCAGCGACCUCAAGAAGCAGGACGUCACUCAGCUCAUAGAUAAAUUAGAGGAGCGUUUCCGUAUCAGUCGGCGGGAGUUGAUCCCGUUUGAGUUCACUAUCCUUGUUGCCCUGGAGAUGGCUCUGUACCUGCCUGAGAGAGCCAUCAUGCCACACUACCGACGCCUGGUACAGCAGAACUAGGGCCACGCCCACUGCUGCACCCACGUGGACGGGAGCCACGCCUACAAGGGUCUGGAGACUGGACACGGGGGUGGAGUGAGGGGAGGAGCUACACCUGCUAGGGUCUGGAGACUGGACAUGGGGGUGGGGUGAUGGGGAGGAGCUACACCUGCUAGGGUCUGGAGACUGGACAUGGGGGUGGAGUGAGGGGAGGAGCUACACCUGCUAGGGUCUGGAGACUGGACACGGGGGUGGAGUGAGGGGAGGAGCUACACCUGCUAGGGUCUGGAGACUGGACACGGGGGUGGAGUGAGGGGAGGAGCUACACCUGCUAGGGUCUGGAGACUGGACAUGUGGGUGGAGUGAGGGGAGGAGCUACACCUGCUAGGGUCUGGAGACUGGACAUGUGGGUGGAGUGAGGGGAGGAGCUACACCUGCUAGGGUCUGGAGACUGGACAUGUGGGUGGAGUGAGGGGAGGAGCCACGUCUACAAGGGUCUGGAGACUGGACAUGGGGGUGGAGUGAGGGGAGGAGCUACACCUGCUAGGGUCUGGAGACUGGUCAGGGAAUUCUCUGCCCCCACACCUGGAGCCCUGGGCGUUUGAUACCAUUCCACUCCAGACAUUACCACGAGCCCGUCCUCCCCAAUUAAGGUGCCACCAACCCCCUGUGCUAAGCACCAUAAAACUCAGAGACUUACUCACCUCAGUAGCUGGUAUUUUACUCUCACCUUGAAGAAGUAUAAAUUACACCGAUCAGUCUUCCUACAUUUGCUGGUAUUAUUAUCAACAUACAGUAUAUAAUUGCGACACUUUCUAAACCUGAACGUUGCCAUGCUUCCACGUGCCACAAGGGGGUGCUACAGUUCAGCAGUAGCAUUGCAAGAAUACCAGUUAUUCUUCAUACACACUUAUAGGGCUGACCUAAACUGUACCGUUCUGGUUUUCUUCUCUCUUCACAUUGUCCGUUCCAGGAGGGUUCCAGCAGGGUUCAGGCAGGGUUCCAGCAGGGUUCAGGCAGGGUUCAGGCAGCUUUGGUGGACGUGUCACCAGGCCAGUUUGGCUCAGUUUGGUCUUAUAUGUGGGAAUCGGGCAUAAGAGUAACACACAAACCAGGGAAGAACCUCAAAGGGAAAAGGGAAAACAGGGAAAACAAAUACAAGAAACAUCAGAUGUAACCAAAAAAGCAGUUUAAUUUAUUUAUCCUACCUUUGUUUUUAAAUGUAUAUUUAUUAUAUUUGAUUUAUUUAUUUGAAAAAUAAGGGAUGUUUAUAUUAUAACCAAACCAGUUCAUUAUUCUGCACCUCUUUGUAGUGUAAGUUUUCUUCCAGCAUUAUAACCAAGCCUCCGUUAGUAAGGUGUCAUCCCAAAUAGAGCCCUAUUCCCUAACCAAGCAUCCCUUAGUAAGGUGUCAUCCCAAAUAGAGCCCUAUUCCCUAACCAAGCAUCCCUUAGUAAGGUGUCAUCCCAAAUAGAGCCCUAUUCCCUAACCAAGCAUCCCUUAGUAAGGUGUCAUCCCAAAUAGAGCCCUAUUCCCUAACCAAGCGUCCCUUAGUAAGGUGUCAUCCCAAAUAGAGCCCUAUUCCCUAACCAAGCCUCCGUUAGUAAAAUGUCAUCCCAAAUAGAGCCCUAUU